UUCUCCCAGAGGCACUGCAUCGGCCUCGAAUGCACUGGCAUAGGGCAUGGCGCCAAGCUGCACUCACCGUUCUUCUCACUGGCCUCGAGAUCUCGAAAUGGUCGACGUCGACAGGACCCGUACUUUACGCACAUGCCAAAAGCUGGUCGUCACGGCGGCUGUUAGAUGCUAGGGAGAAAACAAGGGAUCUUUGGAAUCAUGGAUUUAAUAAUUAUAUGGAGAAUGCGUUUCCUUAUGAUGAACUUAUGCCUCUGUCAUGCGCUGGGAGGGGACCAGAUUGGGAAAAUCCCCACAACUUCGCAAAUAACGAUGUGGCGGGAAAUUUCUCGUUAACGCUCAUUGACGUUUUGGAUACUUUCGUCGUUUUGGGCGAUACAAGUGGAUUUGAGAAAGCUGUGCGCAAUACUAUAAACUGGGUAUCUUUCGAUGUCAAUACAAGACCGCAAGUGUUUGAGACGACCAUUCGAGUUCUGGGUGGUUUACUAUCGGGCCAUAUAUUUGCUUCCGACCCAACUGGUCAGUUUUACCUACCAUGGUACAGAGACGAGCUGUUAAUUUUAGCAAAGGACUUGGGCCAGCGAUUAUUACCUGCUUUCAACACACCGACUGGAAUACCAUAUAGCCGAUUAAACCUUCGACAAGGCGUGCCUCUUGGAGAACCACAUGACACUUGUACUGCAGGAGCAGGAUCUUUAAUUCUAGAGUUCGGGACCCUCAGUCGCCUGACUGGUGAUGAUCGUUUCGAAAAGGCUGCGUACAAAGCCUUCUUCGCGCUAUGGAAUAGGAAAUCGGACAUUGGACUUGUUGGGAACACAAUAAAUCAUUUCACUGGAAAAUGGUUAAUUCCUGAAGUAACGGGCAUUGGUGCUGGAGUCGAUUCAUUCUAUGAAUAUGCCUUCAAGUGGUUCGUUUUGAGUGGCGAAGUGGAGUUUCUAGACGUAUGGCAUGAAGCCUAUGCAGCGGUGAUGCGAUACGUAAGAGGGCUGGACGGAUUCUGGUUCAGACAAGUCAACAUACACUCGGGUGAUGCUGUUUAUAAUACGAUUGAUUCACUUUCUGCCUUUUGGCCGGGCCUUCAGGUUAUUGCUGGGGAUAUUGAGAAUGCUAUCAAAUCACACUUAAUCUUCUGGAACCUCUGGAAAAGACACUCUGGCCUUCCAGAGGUAUGGGACAUCAAUUUCAUGCAGGCUGUGGCAACACAGUAUCCGUUAAGACCAGAGUUCGUCGAGUCUACGUACUACCUUUACAGAGCCACCCGAGACCCGUUCUAUCUGGACGUUGGAGAAAGAGUUCUGCAUGAUCUGAUACUACGAUCGAAGGUUGCAUGUGGACUCGCUGGCAUAGCCGACUUACGGAUCAACAAACGAGACGAUAGAAUGGAGUCUUUCGUGUUAUCAGAAACAUUGAAGUACCUUUACCUGCUUUUCGACGAGGAAAACCCACUGCACAAGGACGACUCUAAUUACGUGUUCACCACGGAGGGCCACAUUUUAACCCUCGGGAAGCAGCAUCUAAAGCCGUUGUCCCGGAUUCGUAGGAAACUACGGCGCGUAGAAAACUUACAGUGUCCCGUCUACGAGCCAGUUCGCGUCGGUGCUGGCGCUGAUGGCGAGAAUCUGGGGUUAACUACUGGUAUCUUGUUCCGACCAGACGUAGACUAUGCAAGGGCGUUAGUAGGUGCAGCUCCUACAGAGUUGGAGGAAGAAUGGUACUCGGAAUAUGGCACUUGCCAGGUCCCUACCGCGGAACUCUACUCGUACGACUUCGUCCUUUCUGCUAGUGGUCAACUCGCCGAAGAAGACCCUAGUCCCAGCCUUCAGAAGCUCUAUGAAGUCAGCGAUGGUUUCAUACUGCAAAACGUCACUGGUAUAAGGACGCAUAUUGUCAGUCGUCUAGACGGGAAAGGGUACGAUAUUGUCAAGCUUGCACAAUAUCCCGUUCGCCGGGGGCAAACCGUAUAUGUGAACGACUCUACAUUGCAACUGGUAGCCCUGAAGAAUCUAAGCUCCAUGGAUGAAAUCUAUGAUAAUGAGGGUUUCCCGUCAGGGCGGCCCAGAGACGUACCAUUGCGCUUUUCUCUCGAUAUAGAGCCUGCUCUACUUGUCCAACCCGGUGUACCAGAAAUCGAGUUCAAGACUAUCGCGUUCUCAGCGUCGUUUGGUGGCGAUCCCAUAGCUCAGACUCGACGGGUGUCUGGUAUGGGUAGUGGGUUCGGAAGCAGAGUCACUCGAGUGCCGUCUGAUCGAUUAGGCUGCGAACCGUACAAAAGAGAUACGGAAACCGCCAUCACCGAUGCAGUUGUGCUGGUGCACCGUGGGACAUGUACGUUCCUUGAGAAGUUCAUUCAUGCUAAGCGUGCUGGUGCAAGAGGUGUCUUGGUGGCUAGUGACAGCGACAUGCCACUCAAUCCGUCGGCUGAGAUCGUUGAGCUGGAGGAGUUCGCAGGCGACUCUUUAGAUGACGCAGUGAUCGUUGCCAUCACGCAAACCGCGGGCGAGGAGAUCUCAAAAUUACUGGACGCGGCGGAGAGACUCAGUGGUGCUGACCUUCUUGUGACUGUUGAGCCAGAAGGUCUUCCAGGAAAGACGGAUACGCAACCGUCUAAUGACUCUACAGGGAAAGAAAGGACGAAACCUCCAGACAUCACGAGGGUCCUGUACUUGAAUGGCCACCCUCUUUUGAAUACGAGGUUACUUAUUUAAUGUUUAAAUGUUAUUUUGCUGUCGUAACAAGGAAUAUCGGAUAGACAUUGGAAUCUAAUUCAAAGCAUACAGAGCUAAUGAAGUGGAAGUUUUGGUAUCUACUCUGGCAAACAGACAAAUAACCCAUUAACAAAACGUGGAACCGGUAUCUUGACACACAUGCGAUGGAAUAUUUUCAGUCCUCGGCUUCGAUAAUCCAAUAUGACGGGGCGUCAAGCUUUUCGUGGCCCUUCAAAAACGCCAAGCCGAUGACAAACAGGUAGCCCACUGUUCGUCCGCCUUGCUUCGCUACGAGCUCGCCAGCAGCUUUCGCGGAUCCGCCAGUAGCGAUAAGGUCGUCAACGACCAACACAGUUUGCCCUGGCUUGAUGCUAUCUGCUUGCAUUUCAAAGAUAUCUUCACCAUAUUCCUUCUCAUACACAGCCUGCACACACGCACCAGGGAGUUUACCUUUCUUGCGAACUGGGACGAACGCAGCGCCGAGGCGGAGUGCAAGGGGAGGUCCGAUGAGGAACCCGCGCGCAUCUAGGCCAACAAUCACGUCUAUCUUCUUGUUCGGUGCAUCUUCUGGGAUACGCGGGAUGACAGUGGUUGUGAUAUGAUGGCUGAAGUGAGUCAGGAGAGUCUCGAAAGCGAGAGGUGAACGAAGGAUGGGGAGGAAGUCUUGGAAGACGAUUCCCUUCUUAGGGAAAUCCGGAUGUACGCCUAGAUGGCUCUUGAGGAACUCG